UUCCACGUAAACAAAGCAAAAUCAGCUCUCUCUCACUCACUCACUCUAUCCGUUAAUUCCUUUGUUGCCAUUUUCUCUCUCAGCUUCCCUUUCCUCUUCUUCAUCAUGCCAGGUCCGGUUGUUGAUGAAAUUGAAUCCCAGAUUAAAUUCCAGGAUGAGCCUGUGGUGGAGGAUGUGAAGGAAGAUGACGACCAUGAUGACGACGCUGAAGAUUCAGACGACGAGGAUGAAGAUGGCAGCCCAGGUGGCAACGAGACUUCCAAGCAGAGCAGGAGCGAGAAGAAGAGCCGUAAGGCAAUGCUGAAACUCGGAAUGAAACCCAUUACCGGUGUUAGCCGUGUCUCGAUUAAGAGAACCAAAAAUGUGUCGUUUUACAUAUCGAAACCAGAUGUGUUCAAGAGCCCAAAUUCGGAGACGUACGUGAUAUUCGGAGAGGCCAAGAUAGAGGAUUUGAGCUCUCAGCUGCAGACGCAGGCCGCUCAGCAGUUUAGGAUGCCGGCCAAUAUGGCUUCCGUGAUGGCCAAGGGGGAGACAGCAGGCGCGGGCCCCACUGGACAGGUGGACGAGGAAGAGGACGAAAUUGACGAAACGGGGGUCGAGCCGCGUGACAUUGAUUUGGUUAUGACACAGGCAGGUGUGUCGAAGUCGAAGGCUGUCAGUGCACUCAAGACUCACAACGGCGACAUUGUCAGUGCGAUCAUGGAGUUGACAACUUGAACGUUAUAUGUAUUUGUUUUUGUUUGUGGAUUUUUUUCGCAUUUUUUGUUUUUCGUUGACUAAUUGAUUAAUUGGAGAAUUUAUUUGAGUUAUGAAAAUUGUGGUCGUCUUGUUUUGUUUUACUUUUUUUCGAAUCUGAAGAGAUUCGGAGCUCUGGUGAAUUCUUGGAUUUUGGAUAAAUGAAAUAAUAGUGGAUCCCGUUUUCCUCUGUUUUC